AUGGCACAGAAUGGAGCAGUUCCUGAACUUCCAGAAUCGGUCUCAAAACCUCCCGAAGGUGUUGUCCUACCGCCCAAGGACAUAAGAGCCAUCAUCGAAAAGACAGCCGGCUAUGUGGCGCGCAAUGGCCCUGUCUUCGAAGACCGCAUCCGCGACAAGGAACAAGCGAACCCGAAAUUCUCCUUCCUUUCUCCUCAGGAUGCAUACGCUCCUUUCUACCAGUGGCGACUCUCUGAGGUGCGAUCGGGACGGGGCACUGCCGUGUCCGCGGGAAGAGCAGGAGAUGCGACACCUGUGCCAGAAAAGCCAAAAGGACCAGAACCGCCCCCCGAGUUUCAAUUCAGUGCGCGCAUGCCAAAUAUCAGUGCUUUGGACUUGGAGGUUGUCAAGUUAACAGCUCUCCAUGUUGCUCGGAAGGGCAAGAGUUGGAUGACUGCUCUCUCACAACGGGAAGCCCGGAAUUACCAGUUCGACUUCCUGCGCCCUCAACACUCGCUUUACAACUUCUUUCAGCGCCUCGUUGACCAAUACACACUCCUCCUCCAGACAGGACCGGAAGGCCAAAAAGCAGAACAGGCGCGCAUCCAAGUCCUCCAAGCCAACAUUCAAGACCGAUUUAGAGUUCUAAAUCUGGCAAAGCAACGAUCUGAGUACACCAAAUGGCAAGAGACUCAGAAACAGAAGAAAGAAGAGGCGGAAGAGGCCGAACGCAUAGCAUAUGCCCAAAUCGACUGGCACGACUUCGUUGUAGUCGAAACAGUGCUGUUCACUGAGGCAGAUGAGCAGGCCGAUCUUCCCCCACCCACAACACUGAAUGAUCUUCAGAGUGCAAGUCUGGAACAGAAAGCGAUGAUGAGUCUAGCUAGACCAGAUAUGCGCAUCGAAGAAGCAAUGCCUACGGACGAUAUGAGCAGUUAUGCGUACAAUGACCAGUUUGGAGGAUACCCUCAGGCCAAUGGGUGGGCACCACCGCCGGAAGUGGCUACAAUGUCAGCAUAUACUCCUUCACCUGCGCCACAACCACCUUCACCAGCCGUCCCGACACCCGUACCAUCAUAUUCACCUGCACCUCCUCUCGUACCGUCUCCACAACCCCCAUCAAUGCCACCACAGCAACCGCCCCCUUCAACCGCUUCGCCAGCUCCAGUUCCAGGCCAACCUCCAAUGCGCAUUAAACAAGACUAUAUACCACGUGCCCAGCAACGUGCGGCUACCGCUCGGUCUGCUACGGCUCUGUGUCCCAAUUGCGGGCAGCAAAUCCCCAUUGCUGAGCUCGACGCCCAUCUGCGGAUCGAGUUGCUGGACCCGAGAUGGAAAGAGCAACAGUCCAAAGCCGCGUCACGGUUUUCGACCACGAACCUGGGCGGCACGGAUGUUGCAGCAAACCUGAAGAGACUGAGGGCGAGGACGGAUGGAGUCACCAGCGACCCUGUCGCGGAGGCAGCAGCUAGGGUCUUGGGCGAACAGGAAGAGGAGGAGAGGAGGAAGAGGAUGAAACUCGAAGGUCCGCCCGGAGCGACAGCGUAUUCCGCCGCGGGAGCACAGAACCAGGGCGGGCAGCACGUCAUGGAUGUGCAGGAGCAAAUACGCCAGAUCCACAACAAGUACAAGUCGUGA